ACAGGCGCAGCGGCCAGCCAUCCACUCAGACUAUCCCCCCUCCGCACCCGAAGCUGCCUCUGUCUCUGUGCAGGAUGUGGCCUUCCUGCUGGCUUGCUAUAUUGCUACUCUUUCUGGCUGUUCUCACUGAGGCUGCGGACCUCUAUCAAGCCCUCGAGCUGUCGAAAUCAGCUUCCGAGCAGGAUAUCCGAAAGGCUUACAAGAGGCUCAGUCGAAAGUACCAUCCCGACCGGAACCAGAAACCAGGCGCGGAGGAGAAGUUUAUCGAGAUUGCACACGCAUACGAGAUUCUGUCAGAUCCUGAGAAACGCCAAAUAUAUGACCGACAUGGAGAGGAGGGCCUGAAGGCCAGAGAGGGCGGCCGACAGCAUGCAAACCCUUUCGACAUGUUUUCGAGCUUCUUCGGCGGCGGCUUUGCUCAGCAACACCAGGUCCAUAAGGGCCCAACCGCACAAUUCGAUGUCGAGGUCACAUUAGAAGACAUUUACACAGGGAACCACAUUGACCUGCCCGUGCGGAAACGUAUUCUCUGCGACCACUGCCGCGGCUCCGGGGCCGCCUCCUCCAACGACAUCCAUACCUGCCCCGCCUGCAACGGUGCAGGCGUGCAAAUCGUGCGGCAGCAGAUCAUGCCCGGCAUGUACUCGCAAGCGCAGGUCACCUGCAACCAGUGCGGCGGGCGCGGGAGCAUCAUCACGCGGAGUUGCCCGCACUGUGGCGGCUCGAAAGUCCUCGAACACACGCAAGUCUACUCCAUUGAGAUCCCCGCGGGCGUGCCGGAGGGGUGGGAGUAUGUGCUCGAGGGCGAGGGCGACGAGAGUCCGGAUUGGGAGCCUGGAGACAUUGUGUUGCGGAUUAAGAGUAGGAAGGAUAAGGGCUCGUGGAAGCGGAAGGAGUCUGCGCUGUAUUGGAAAGAGACCAUCGGGGUCGAUGAGGCCCUUCUAGGCUUUGACCGCAAUGUCACCCACUUGGAUGGCCAUGUCGUGCGCUUGAAGCGCGACGUCGUGACACAGCCAGGAUUUGUUGAGGUUGUGAAGGGCGAAGGCAUGCCUGUACACGAGCACGGACAUUCUCAUGGCGAUCUCUAUGUCGAGUAUACCGUAGUCCUGCCGACAGAGGUGUCGCCCGAGAAGAAACGCCAACUCCUGAAGGUAUUACGGGGCGCUGAGGAGGGCCACAAAGACGAGCUAUAGAGCGAGUGUUCGCCCCGGCCUCCGCAUGGCCUAGAGCAUGGUAGAGUAGCAGUAGAUCGUGCAUUGCAUGGUAAUUUAUUUCAUAAC